GUCCAAAUAUUGUAUUUAUAGCCAAGAAUGUAACAUACAAAAAUCUUGUCAAUGGAGGCACUGUCAUAUUUGGCUCUACACUUGUUAAUGAAGGAAAUGCUUAUAAUACAUCUACUGGAAUCUUCACUGCGCCUGUCAACGGAACGUACUCAUUUAGUAUACAAAUGUGUUCCUAUAAACAAAAACAAGUCGUAUUACAUCUCAUAGUAGAUGGGACAACAUAUGCUACCGUAUAUGUUUAUGAUAAUGGUUCGUUCCCAUGUAAUAGUGCAGAUACAGUUGCAGUUUUACAUGAACAUUCAAAAGUAUUUGUUAAAUGCACUGAUGGUUGUACUGCGAGUGAUAUAUAUGAAGAUAAUGACCGUAUGAACUGGUUCUCUGGAUAUCUGGUUCACCAGUAA